AUGAUUAAUCAAGAAAUCGUUGCUGUCUAUAAAUGGCGAAAGCGUUUUUUUAUAUCACUCUGUCCCUAUCUAUCUAUUUACCUAUCUAUCUAUCUAUCUAUCUAUCUAUCUAUCUAUCUAUCUAUCUAUCUGUCAGUCACUCCUAUUCUAUUCCUAUAUGCAUGCCUGACUAUUCUAUCUAUUCAUUCAUCUAUCUAUCUAUCUAUCUAUCUAUCAUCACACCUAUUCUAUUUCUAUAUGCCUGACUGCCUAUCUAUCUAUCUAUCUAUCUAUCUAUCUAUCUAUCUAUCUAUCUAUCUAUCUAUCAGUCACUCCUAUUCUAUUCCUAUAUGCCUGCCUGACUAUUCAUAUCUAUCUAUCUAUCUAUCUAUCUAUCUAUCACACCUAUUCUAUUCCUAUAUAUUAGUACCUAAAAUCUGCAAGUUCUUGACGAUUUCAUCGUUUUAUUGCUACUGUAAUCUAUCUAUUCAUCUAUCUAUCUAUCUAUCUAUCUAUCUAUCUGCUUGUCUGUCUGUCUAUCUAAGUAUCGCAUUUUGGUCAUUAUUAUCUAUCUAUCUAUCUAUCUAUCUCAGCGGAUCUUUUCUCUCUUUUCUCUUUUUCGCUUUCUUUCCUCAUUCUUUCUUUUUCUUUAAUUCUUUCGCUUUUUCUUUCUCUUUUUCUUUCUCUCCUUUUCUUUCGCUUUCUUUCUCUCUUUCUUUCAUUCUUUCUCUUUUUCUAUCUAUCUCUUUCUUUCUUUAUACUUUCUUUAUUUGUGUUUCGUUUCUUUUUUUUUCUUAUUUUCUUGAGUCUUUUCUUUUUCUUUUCUUUCUUUUUCUCUUCUUUUUCCUUUCCUUUUUUUGUCUUUCGCUGUUUCGUUAA